GGUCCGCGGGGAUUAGUGCGGUGGGCGCGCCUCUGGCCGCCAUUUCUCGGCGUCUCGCCGGAGCCGCCCCCUGGCGCCUCGCGUGGGUUUCUAUCCCCUCUCGUGGCCGCGGGUGGUCGCCGCCAGUGACGAAAUGCUGAGCUUCUUCCGCAGAACGCUCGGCCGCCGGUCGAUGCGCAGACAGGCCGAGAGGGACCGGCUCCGCGAGGCCCAGCGUGCAGCCACGCACAUCCCUGCGGCUGGGGACGCGAGGGCUGCCAUCACCUGCCGAGUGUCCCUCCUGGACGGCACCGACGUCAGCGUGGACUUGCCGAAAAAAGCCAAAGGACAAGAGCUGUUUGAUCAGAUUAUGUACCACUUGGACCUUAUUGAAAGCGACUAUUUUGGACUGAGAUUUAUGGAUUCGGCACAAGUAGCACAUUGGUUGGAUGGUACAAAAAGCAUCAAAAAGCAAGUAAAAAUUGGUUCACCGUAUUGUCUGCAUCUUCGAGUUAAGUUUUAUUCCUCGGAACCAAAUAAUCUUCGGGAAGAACGAACCCGGUACUUAUUUGUUCUUCAGUUAAAACAAGAUAUUCUCAGUGGAAAAUUGGAGUGUCCUUUUGAUACAGCCGUUCAGUUGGCAGCUUAUAACUUGCAGGCUGAACUUGGUGACUGUGACCUUGCCGAGCACAGUCCUGAACUUGUGUCUGAGUUCAGGUUUGUGCCCGUUCAGACGGAAGAGAUGGAGCUGGCUGUUUUUGAGAAAUGGAAGGAAUACAGAGGUCAGACACCAGCACAAGCUGAAACCAAUUAUCUGAAUAAAGCCAAGUGGCUAGAAAUGUAUGGGGUUGAUAUGCAUGUGGUCAAGGCCAGAGAUGGGAAUGACUACAGUUUGGGACUGACACCAACAGGAGUCCUUGUUUUUGAAGGAGAGACCAAAAUUGGCUUAUUUUUUUGGCCCAAGAUAACCAGAUUGGAUUUUAAGAAGAAUAAACUGACCUUGGUGGUUGUAGAAGAUGAUGAUCAGGGCAAAGAGCAGCAGCACACGUUCGUGUUCAGACUGGGCCACCCCAGGGCGUGCAAGCACCUGUGGCGUUGUGCUGUGGAGCACCACGCGUUCUUCCGCCUCCGGGCCCCCGCCCCAGAGGGCUCUCGCCGGCCGGGCUUCCUGCGCUUGGGGUCGCGGUUUCGAUACAGUGGGAAAACUGAGUAUCAGACCACAAAAACCAAUAAAGCAAGAAGAUCAACAUCCUUUGAAAGGAGGCCCAGCAAACGGUAUUCUCGACGAGCUCUGCAAGCGCCAGGAAAACCUGAAGAACUCAGUGUUCACAAUAAUGUUUCAGCUCAGAGUAAUGGCUCCCGACAGGCUUGGGGUUUGAGAUCCACUGUGCCUGUCAUUCCUUCCGUUCCCUCUGGUCCUGUGCUAGUGCAAGUGGAGACUCUUCCAAGGGGCCCCGGAGCAGACCAGCAGGAGGAGAAAUGCUUGCCUCUGAAGAUUGAUUUGCUAGAUCAUCCAGACUUACUGGAAACAGCCGUUGAUGAUGUAGUUGGGGCACCUGACACCGUGGCCAUGUCCCAAGCCCCAGGUGAAGGGAGCACAGCCGCCAGGCAGGCUGGCUUGGAGGGGCUGGAAGCAUUAAAAGACGCCUCAGAGAAGCUCAAACACCUUGAAGUGGCAAGCAGUCCUUUGCCGGCUGGUCAUCCCACGGGGGACGUUAACGUCGGCAGCCAGGAGGAAGUGGUGAAGUUAACUGAGAAAUGUCUGAAUAAUGCCAUUGACAGCCCAGCACUGAAUGCCAGGAGAGUUCCUCCUGACUUGAAGAGUAACAUUUUGAAGGCUCAAGUAGAAGCAGUGCAGAAGGUUACAAGAGAAGAUAGCUUAUUAAGUCAUAAAAAUGCCAGUGUUCAGGAUGCUGCCACCAACAGUGCUGAGUUAAAUGAGAAGGCCAUGCCCGUCCCUGGAGGGUCUCUCAUUCCGAUGCGAACCAUGCCUGCAGAAAAUGGGCCUGCUCUAAAGGAUGCUGCAGAUGAAUUGGAUGCCUUGCUUUUAUCUCUAACUGAGAAUCUCAUUGACCACACAAGCACACCUCAGAUGAAAGAGGUAACUUCUAAGGCCAAUGCAAGAUGGCCCGAAGCCCAGAGAAGGAGUCCUUGGGGCCCAACUCAGAACACUUACUGCCUAUUUAUGCUGUCUCACAGGUAUCUACCAUAUCCACGAUCACACCCCGUUGGAUUGUGCCACAGAGCGCUGCCCUUCCUAACGGGCUUGCAGGAGACAACGGGCUCUCGGCGGCCGGGAAGGAGGGGCCUGGCAGCAGAGGUGUGGCCUCCCUCAUCUCUCCCCCAGCGCCCUUCUUCGUGGAUGCCGUGACCAGCUCGGCUCCAGCCUCUGCUGGAGAAGCCGCCUUGAAGCAGAAGUGUUUGCUGACAACAGAGCUCUGAGGGGCGGCCGCUCCUCACCUGAGACCCGAGGCCGGGCCCUCCAGCCGUCCGUCCUGGUGUCCACUUCUGCUGGAGCUGGUUCUGCACUUGUGGGUAAAACAGCGCCCCCGGGUGUGACUUCAUCUCUGUGAAAAAAGCAGUUACAUUUCCGUCCAACUGGAAGGGCGUGAUUACACUACACGUUGGCCCAAGUGAGCGUCUGUGAGCUUUUACUUUCUCUAAUUUCAUUGGAAGUUGUGAAUUCCUGCACUGGGGGAUUCCUUUCCCUGUGGUUUCCUCCCAGCUCUUUGCUCCACGCAGUGGGUGUGACUGUUCAUGACG